AUGAGUUGGACGUUCCUCAGAGACCUCUUAACUGGAGUAAACAAAUAUUCAACUGGCAUUGGACGGAUUUGGCUGGCUGUUGUGUUCAUCUUCCGUUUGCUGGUCUACGUGGUCGCGGCAGAGCAUGUGUGGAAAGAUGAGCAGAAAGAGUUUGAGUGCAAUGUGAAUCAGCCUGGUUGUGAAAAUGUGUGUUUUGAUCACUUCUUCCCCAUCUCCCAGGUCAGACUUUGGGCCUUACAACUGAUCAUGGUCUCCACGCCUUCACUUCUGGUGGUUCUACAUGUAGCCUAUCAUGAGGGUAGAGAGAAGAGGCACAGAAAGAGACUGUAUGUCAGCCCAGGUAUGAUGGAUGGGGGCCUGUGGUACACUUACUUUAUCAGCCUCAUCGUUAAAACUGGUUUUGAGAUUGGCUUCCUGGUUUUAUUUUACAAACUGUAUGAUGGCUUUAGUGUUCCCUACCUUAUGAAGUGUGACUUGAAGCCUUGUCCCAACACUGUGGACUGCUUCAUCUCCAAACCCACCGAGAAAACCAUCUUCAUACUCUUCUUGGUUAUUAUCUCAUGCCUGUGCAUUGUGUUGAAUUUCAUUGAACUGAGUUUUUUGGUUCUCAAGUGCCUUAUUAAGUGCUGUGUCCAAAAAUACUCUAAAAGUCUUCAGUCCUCAGCAUGUGAGCGCCACAACCUGAUAUGUUGA